AUGGCAGUGGACAAAACCAGGGUUUCGGGAGACUCCCGAGUCGAGCAUCGCUCAGCGUUUGUGAAAGGAAAAACAUACGGCUACCUCUAUAGCCAGCCGCCAUCAGGCCAAUACAAAGGCACCGUAGUCUUGGUAUUCACAUUGACUUUUCUCUAUACUCUUUCAAGUUCAAUACUGAUGCAGAUCCUGUUCUGUCUCAGCUCCAUGGUUUCCCGGACCUGUCAAUGGGUUGGAGAUACCAGAUUCCGCUAUUUGUCAAUAAAGGCUACCGAGUCAUUGCGCCAGAUUGUCUUGGAUAUGGACGAACGGUACACUAGGCCAUCAAUUUUACAGUCUGAGCAAGCAGCUGACGGGAUUACUGUCUUCUUAAACCAGGACGCCCCAGCGGAUCUAGCGGCAUACUCACACAAGAACUGUGCCGACGACAUCAAAGAACUAGCCAACCAACUCGGCGCAUCGAAGAUCAUCCUGGGAGGCCAUGACUGGGGCGCCUUCCUCGCCUACCGGGUCGCCCUCUGGCACCCAACUCUAAUCACGCACCUCUUCACCGUGUGCGUGCCGUACAGUCCGCCCUACAAGAGAUACAUGACACUUGAAGACAUGGUUUCUAAAGUGGCGCCACAUUUCGGGUACCAGCUACAUUUCGUUAGCGGGGAGAUUGAAGAGGCUGUGAAGAGCAAGGAGGACUAUAAACAGUUCCUGAUUUCACUUUAUGGCGGGAAGACGCAGGAGAAAGAACCUGCCUUUGAUGUCCAUAAGGGUGUAGAUUUGGAGAAGAUGAGAAGCGUGAAGAUGAGUUGGUUGUUGGAAGAGGAGGAAAUGGAAUACUACGCCUGGGAAUUCGCCCGCCAUGGGCUUCGUGGACCUCUAAACUGGUACCGCACCCGCAAGAUUAACUAUGACGACGAGCUCUCUCUACAGAAAGGAACAAUUGACAUCCCAGUCCUCUUUAUUCAAGCACUUAAAGAUGCUGCCCUCCCGCCGCACUUGGGCAAGGGAAUGGGGAAGGCCAUACCGCAGCUGACGACAAAGCAGGUUAAUGCCUCGCACUGGGCGCUCUGGGAAAAGCCGGCAGAGGUUAAUCAGGCUUUAGAGGCUUGGUUCAACGAGGUUGUUGAAGGGGGUAGCAGGGUGGCUAAGCUGUGA